AUCAGUGGUUCUUGAUGUGUGAGGAAGGCGGCGCGCUUCUCGACUGAAUCGCGCAUUUUAUGUUAAAGCGCUGUGCGUGUGGUGCGCGCCCACAGUCGAUCAGCGUGCGAGCGACAUGGAUAGGCAGAGUAAACGCCGAGCAACCGGCGGCCCCAUCAUUGAGUUGUUGCUGUUGGGGAUCAGCCUGACUGCCCAGGUCACAGGAGAAUGUAUGAGCUUUGAAACGGAUCCAAAUGUCAUGCUCACUGCGGAGCAUCUAACAGUAAAUGAAUUCCCAGAUGGAUAUAACGCCACCUUUAAGUGCAGUUCUGGGUACAGACCUACUAAUGACCUAGUGACAAUAACCUGUGUUGACAGCAAGUGGACUAAACUGAAGUUAAUUUGUGAGCCUAUCAUCUGUAAUCCCCCAGAGAAUAUGAUGAAUGGAAAAUUUGAUACUUCUAAAACUGUUCAUUUUGGGCAGAAGAUUUAUGCUGAAUGUUCUAAAGGAUAUGUAAUGGUGGGUAGAAAUUAUAGAAUGUGCCUUGCAAAUGGCAAAUGGGAUGGAAGAAAUCCGACAUGUGAGCCAGAUCCAAGAGCAAACACUACUCCCCAGUCUACCACAUCUGAAAAAGUACCUGACACCACAGCAGUUCCAGAAACAGCAACUACUCCCCAGUCUACUACAUGGGAAGCAGAACCCACAGCAGAAGUUUCGACUACACUGAAGUAUCCAUCCUCUACAGAUGAUAGUAGCAUUUCAGACUCCACGGUAUAUUCAACCACAAUGGAAAAUAACAAUUUUAUUAGAAAUGAAGAGGCAGAUGUGGCAGACUCCAUGAUGUAUUCAACCACAAUGGAAAAUAACAAUUUUAUUAGAAAUGAAGAGGCAGAUGUGGCAGAGCAUGUUUAUUCACCUGGUUUUGAUUCACUACUUAUUGUCGGGGUAACAGUUUUAGGUGUGGUCACCAUAUGCAUUUUUAUACUCUACAUCCGUAAGAAAAACAAAAAAGGAUCCUACUAUUUGCCUACGGAAGAACAACACUUUGUCAAUGGAAGCAAUGGAAACUCUGAUGAGAAGGUGUUAACACCUCAGGAAAAACUGUCUGUGUAGGUUAAGAUUUCAGGGUCUCCUACUGUUUGUUCACUGGAAUACUGUAUGUCUCAGGUGUGCCACAGGUAUAUCCAAGAUAAAGAAGCUUCUUCAUUGGACUAUGAUUCUUGCAUCUUUAAUAAUGUUUCUGGAUCAUACUCUUCAGUUUUUGUAUAAAAUGUGUACAUAAAGUCUUUUGGGUUUAUUUGUACUUACCGGAUGACAAAUGGGGGAAUGUACAUACACAUCCAGUUCCUGAAAAUACAUCUUUAAAAGUAAUAUCAUGAUGUAUUUUUCCUAUUUUACCAGCUAUAAAAAAAAGAAACACCAAACUGUCACCAAGUCCAUGGUAAAAAUUCUCGUCUUAUUUAUUUAUUUUCAUAAAAGCAUAAUAUAUGUGUAUUUUUGUAUUUACUGUAUUCUACUAUAACAUGGGCGCCCACCUCAAACACAUUGUUUUGUUCACAUUAAGUGCUAACAAUGCAAUAAAAAAACUUACACUUUUAUAAAUUUCCAUUUAGCUUCAUUCAGCCUACUUGCUGGCACAUGACUUAUUCUAACCUUCAAGUCAUAAUAAUCCAAAAGAAUAAAACCAACGUUCUGUUGUCUUCAUUGGGCAUUACUUCAUAUCGAAUACCUAAUAAAGUCUUCACAGACAUUAGGUGAUUAUAUUUAAAAACCUCAGUUUUUCAGAGGUCACCACAGGAUGCAGAAUUUCUUGUAUUUUAUACUCAUAAUUUCUUACCUAGAAAAUACAGUGAGUUGAUUGAGUUAAUAAGUUGAUUUUUAAGUCAUUAAUUUGACUGCAGUACAGUGUAGUUUUUGAUAUAUUAUACCUCACAAAUUAGGUGUUGUACAGAUGAAUAUCAAGCUGACUUAAAUACAGAAGCAUCUUCUGCUGUGAGAAUUAUUUUAUGACCUACAGUGUUAGAAGUGGCUUCAUACAUGCUACUCACAAUUUUAGCAAAAAUAUAAAAUCUGAAAAGCUUUCUAAAUUAUAUCAUUUUUAUCAAUACAGAUGAUCUGAAGGAAACAGUUGAUACGUUGAAAGUUACGUUUAGCGUAAUAGCUAAAUUGUCUAAUGUCUUAUGCAGAUUUUUGUAUGUAGUUAUCUUGGUUUUCAUCUUCAUGACUCAUUGAAGAGUUCCAUAAUCCUCUUUCCUGGAUUCUAUCUCAAAUACUUUCCCUUUAUUUUCAUGGAUGAUCUUGAGUAUGUAAUUUAAACUAAACUUUAUAAUAAACACCUCAAGGUGAUACAAAUUUCCUUAAAAAAAAUGUUAAAUUGCACUGAGAUAGAAAUUAACAUUUGUGAAAAGGAUUUGGUGGUUGUAAUGAACUCAGCAUGAUUCAUAAUAAGGAUAUUUGCAGAAGUAGUGCAGAUGGGCUGGCAGACUGCACUUCACGUCUUAGUUUGUGGAAUGCGAGACAGGAGAAGGCCUGAUUAAGCUGUGCAGCACACUUGAGAAAGUACUAGUAUUAUGUGUUAGCUUUGUUCACUGUAUUAGAAGACAGAUGUGACAGUUUUCUAAA